AUGCCACUGCAUAUACGAUUCACUGCAUAUGAGGUCCGAAAAACUCAUUGGCUAAGUUUUGAGAGGCUCGAGCCUGAACCUGUGACCUCCGAAUUGAAAGCCGUAAGCUCUUACCUGGCCAAAAGAUUCGGAAUAUACCAAAUAUGGGACGUAAAAACUGUGAAAGAUGGACAAAGAACGUUUUUAAAAAACUUAGAAAACAAAGGUGCCAUAAACAUUAUCCGGGAGAAUGAGGACAGUAUGGAGCUGAUGGUAGACGGAAACCGCAAGGUGCAGCUGGGCAAGCUUCUGCAGUCGAGGAGCAUCACAUACGUAGUGUCUUCAGACCGAUCACCGCCGCCAUAUUAUCCUGCGACUCCGAAAACGAACUCUCGACUCAGCAGCCCAAAGACAAGACCUAUAUCACCUUACAGCAGACUGUCAUAUGAUUCAAACAGUUUUAACAAACGUGUUCUGGACUGGAGAGAUUAUUACCCGCUGCAUUUCAUCAACGAUUUCAUGACAAGUUUGGAAAAGCAAUAUCCGUCGACAUGCACUGUUCUAUCAUUGGGUAAAACUGUGGAAGGAAGAGACAUAAAGGUGCUAAAAGUAUCAAACAGUGAUGCCGGCAACACAGGAGUAUGGAUGGAUGGGGCAAUACAUGCGCGUGAGUGGAUCAGCGCGUCCGUCGUCACCUACAUCGCCAACCAUGUCGCCAGGCAUUUCACUAAGAGCUCAAAACACAUCACCAAUAAGGACUGGUAUUUCGCCCCUGUUCUGAAUCCAGAUGGCUACGAAUACUCACAUUCAACUGAUCGCAUGUGGCGUAAAAAUCGAAGUCGCUUAGGAAACAAGAUCGUUGGAGUCGAUCUCAAUAGAAAUUUUGGAAAUACAUGGACUUUCCAAUCAUCAGCUUGUGAUCCAAGCCACCAAAAUUAUCCAGGUCAGCAGCCGUUUUCAGAACCAGAAUGUGCUGCUGUCAAGGACCUGAUACUGUAUUCUGGUAUACGCUUCAAGAUAUUCCUCACUUUCCACGCUUAUAGUGAGCUUAUAUCAUUUCCCUGGUGCUUCACAAAUGUACCUUGUCCCGACUAUGUGACCUUGCUUGAAGGAGCCACCGUCAUCACAAAGGCUAUGUAUGAUACCACCGGCCGCAUGUACAAAGUAGGAAACUUCAGAGAUCUUAUGUACCACGCUGAAGGCACGAGUAUUGAUUGGAGUUACGGAGUAGCAAACAUACCUUAUUCAUACCUAGUUGAAUUGAGGAGUAAAGAACACAAGUUUUUGCUACCCAAGGAUCAAAUACUCGACUGUUGUAAAGAAUCAUUAAGUGGUGUAUUAGCUUUAGUCGAAUUUGUCGACAAAAAGAAGCUCUGAAACGUUUUGUGGU